CUUAAUUAAACCCGUAAUUCCUAAGAUAAAGACUUUUUAGUUACAGCUAAAAAACAGCGGGGAGAUCUAGUUCUUAUAUUUUCUCAAUCUUCUUCUAUGGACACAUCCUCAGUACCCUCAAUCCAUUGGUUACCUGAACUGGCAUACAUGGAGGAUCCAGAUUUCAUGAAUCAAUUUUUUGAUGAAUAUAAAGAUCAAAAUGUGGAGUCUGUCCUUGAUGGAAACUUCUAUUCUUUCAGCUCUGAUAGUUGUAACUCAUCUAUUAUUGAUCUCGAAAAUAACAUCAACUCAUAUUUUGAUGGAAAAACCGGCAUACACCAACCGGUAAAAAGCCUCAAGACCGAGAGUUCUAAUUCUUCCACCACAACCGAAAACUUGUGGACUACUACACCCGACGCUUCGCCUGCAGGCUCUCCACCUCCUUCGUCAAGAAUCAUUUCUUUUGGUUGUUCCGGUAAUCCAUCAGUACUUGAUCUAUAUGGGGGUACCAAUAAUAGCCCAGUUGAUGGUAUUAUGAAACCCAAGGAUGAGUACUUGUUACCGAGAAAUAUGAAGCAGCAGCAAAACUAUGUAAAGAAAGCCGGGAAAGGUACAAAGAGGCCUAAUCCGGAUACAGAUACUAACUCGCCUUCUUAUGAUCACAUCAUGGCUGAGAGAAGGCGAAGAGAGAAGCUCAGUCAGCGAUUUAUUGCUCUUUCGGCUCUUGUUCCCAACCUAACAAAGCUGGAUAAGGCUUCUGUUCUAGGAGAUGCUAUAAAGUACUUGAAACAAUUAGAAGAAAAGGUUAAGAUACUCGAGGAACAAACAACAAAGAAAACAGUGGAAUCAGUAGUCUUUGUGAAUAAGAGAUCUCGGGUCACUGCCGAUGAUGACAUCACUUCUUCUUACUUCGACGACCAAUAUGUUAAUUCCCGUCCUGAAGUAGAAGUAAAAGUUUCUAAUAAGAAUGUUUUGAUAAGAAUUCACUGUGAAAAACACAAAGGCAGUCUUGUUAAGAUACUGGCAGAGAUUGAGAAAUACCACCUAACUGUUGUUAAUUCAAACGUCAUGGUAUUUGGUGAUUCCGCUUUGGAUAUAACAAUUCAUGCUAAGUUAGACGAGAAGUUUUGCAUGGAAAUUAAGGAUUUUGUGAGGAAUCUACGGUCAGAGUUUCUUCGGUUCAUGCAAGAUUAACGGAAUCAUCUAAUUCACCUUCUAGUCUAGCUCUUGAUCCUGUAAAUCUCAUCUCUGAUCAUCUCUUCUAGUACUGCCUUCUUUUUAUGUGGUCACUUAAUCACGUGUAAUUACAAUCCUACUUUGGUAGACUGGUAGUUCAGUUUUUUUAUAGGCUUGUUGGGGCAUUUCCCGGUUGUAUACUUUUUCUUUUUUGGGAUGAAAAUUAGAGAUCAGGCUUUAUUGUUAUCAAUCAAAAGAAAUAACUAAACAGACGCUUUGUUUCAGUGGUUGGGUUUCAUUUAGGGGUCCUUGGAAAAAUU